AACAACAACUACUGGCCGGUUUUCACAUUUCUGUUCAAAAAAAAAAAGAAAAGAAAAUGUUGCUCGGAAAACUGGUCGUCGAUGCGUUGAAGACGGCGGCGGAGGAGGAGGAGAAGAAGAAGAAGAAGAUAAAAGGGACGGCGGUUCUGAUGAAGAAGAAUGUGUUGGACUUGAACGACUUCAACGCCUCCUUUGUCGACGAUCUCUCCGAUUUCCUCGGCCACAAAGUGUCCUUAGAGUUCGUCAGUUCCGCCCUCCCCCAACCACAAGAAGGAGAAGGAGACUCUUCCAUUUCUGUAAAUGCUUUGAAAGGAAAGCGCAGCAAGGCGAUCUCCUUGGACAAGUGGGUGCGCAACAACUCCCUUUUAGCCUCCGGCGAGUCGGCGUUGGAAUUUAGCUUCGAGUGGGAUGAAGGUUUUGGGGUUCCGGGAGCGUUCGUCAUCAAGAACAAUCAUCCCAACGAGUUCUUCCUCAAAACCCUCACCCUCCAUGACCUUCCCAAUCAUGGUGAUGUCCACUUUGUUUGCUUCUCUUGGGUUUAUCCGGCCUCUAAAUACAACUACGACCGCGUCUUCUUCGCCAACCAGGCUUUUCUUCCGAGUGAAAUGCCGGGGCUGUUGAAGGAAUAUAGAGAACAAGAACUAGUGAUAUUGAGAGGAACUGGAAGUGGUGAGCUCAAGGAAUGGGACAGAGUGUAUGACUAUGCUUACUACAAUGACUUGGGUGAUCCAGACAAAGAUGAAGAACUUGCUCGACCAGUUUUGGGUGGAAACUCAGAGUAUCCUUAUCCUCGUCGAGGAAGGACAGGCCGAUCCCCGACAAAGACGGAUCCUAAUUCCGAGAGUAGGAUUCCGCUUACUAUGAGCUUAGAUAUAUAUGUUCCAAGGGAUGAGCGAUUCGGGCACGUAAAACUGGCAGACUUUCUUACUUAUGCAUUGAAAUCUCUCGUUCAGUUCCUUUUCCCUGAAUUUAAGUCUCUGUCUGAUUCUACCCCGAACGAGUUUGACAGCUUUCAGGAUGUACUUAACCUAUAUGAAGGAGGGAUCAAAUUGCCACAUGGGCCCUUGCUCAAAGCCAUCACUGAUAACAUUCCCAUUGAAAUGCUGAGGGAAAUAUUUCGUAGUGAUGGCGAGGGGCUCUUUAAGUUCCCAACCCCACAGGUUAUCCAAGAGGAUAAAACUGCAUGGAGAACCGAUGAUGAAUUUGGAAGAGAAAUGCUGGCUGGAGUGAACCCUGUCAUCAUUAGUCGCCUCCAAGAGUUCCCGCCAAAAAGUAAACUUGAUCCUAAUGUUUAUGGCGACCACACCAGUAACAUCACCAAAGAGAAUAUCCAAGGCAGAUUAGAUGGUCUUUCUGUUGAGGAGGCAAUCAAGAAUAACCGGUUAUUCAUAUUGAACCAUCACGACAUGCUUAUGCCGUAUCUGAGGCGCAUAAAUUCAACAAGUAACAAAAUUUAUGCGUCUAGAACAUUGCUUUUCCUGGAAACAGAUGGGACUUUGAAGCCUAUAGCAAUUGAGCUCAGCUUGCCCAGUUCACUAGGAGAUAAAUUUGGUGCUGAAAGCAAAGUGUACACACCAGCUGAACAAGGUGUAGAAAAUGGUGUGUGGGAAUUAGCUAAAGCUUAUGUUGCUGUAAAUGAUUCAGGUGUUCAUCAGCUGGUCAGCCACUGGUUGAACACACAUGCUGUGAUUGAGCCAUUCGUUAUUGCAACAAAUAGGCAAUUGAGUGCACUUCACCCAUUAUAUAAGCUUCUGCAUCCCCAUUUUCGUGACACCAUGACUAUCAAUGCUUUGGCUCGCCAGAUCUUGAUCAAUGGUGGUGGAAUCCUUGAGAAGACAGUUUUCCCUGACAAAUAUGCCAUGGAAAUGUCUUCCGUAGUUUACAAGGAUUGGGUUUUCACUGAUCAGGCACUCCCUACUGAUCUUCUAAAGAGAGGUGUGGCUGUUGAAGACCCAAAUUCCCCACAUGGGGUUCGCCUACUAAUUGAGGACUAUCCAUAUGCUGUUGAUGGGUUAGAAAUCUGGUCAUCCAUCAAAACUUGGGUAGAUGACUACUGCAAGUUUUAUUACAAAUCCGAUGACAUGGUACUGAAAGAUACUGAACUUCAGGCUUGGUGGAAGGAACUUCGAGAGCAAGGACACGGUGAUUUAAAAGAUAAGCCAUGGUGGCCUAAAAUGCAGACAGUCCAGGAGCUGAUUGAUUCAUGUACCAUUAUUAUCUGGAUAGCCUCUGCUCUUCACGCAGCUGUAAACUUCGGUCAAUAUCCCUAUGCUGGUUAUCUCCCAAACCGCCCAACACUAAGCCGCAGAUUUAUGCCAGAGCCUGGAACUGCCGAGUACAAGGAGCUUGAGACUGAUCCAGACAAGGUUUUCCUAAGAACAAUCACUGCUCAGCUUCAGACUCUGCUUGGUGUUUCCCUUAUUGAGAUUUUGUCAAGGCAUCCUUCGGAUGAACUGUACCUAGGGCAAAGAGAAUCUCCUGAGUGGACAAAAGACCAGGAAGCACGUGACGCAUUUACACGGUUUGGAAAGAAGCUUGGGGAUAUUGAGGAUGGCAUAAUGAAAAUGAACACAGAUGUAAAACUGAAGAACAGGACAGGGCCUGUGAAGGUACCAUACACGUUGCUCUUCCCUACAAGCGAAGCCGGUCUAACUGGCAAAGGCAUUCCUAACAGUGUCUCAAUCUAGAGCUUCAUCGUAACAUUUGUCUGGUUGGUGCGUUUCUUUGUUUCACUUGAAUAAAAAUAUCUCCUCAAAGCAGUGCAGGGUGUAUGCUUACUUGUUAAUGGUCUGUCUAAAUAAAUUUGUUUCUCUGCAAUAGUGAUUAUAAUGCUAAAUCAGUGUUGCACUCCUAAAUAGUACAAUUAAUUGUAUGUAAAUAUUUGCCACAGCAAGCUAUGGUUGAGUUUUAGAGCUUUUGGUUGACUGGUAAAUUGCUUUCUCAACGCUGCUUGGUUUUUGCUUG